AUGUUUCGAAGCCGUCCUAAACGUUAUACUCGGCGAAUGAUAACUGUGGCUCUGUCAUUCGUUUUCCUUAUCCUAUUUUGUGAAUUUUUUAUCUACUACAUCUUAAUAAUUCAGUGUUUUUGGCCUACUUUAAAUGAUCACGAAGCUGGGCGGACAAAGUUGAAGGUUAUGGUGCUGGCCGAUCCUCAUUUGGUGGGCGUGUACAGGGGGCAUCCAUUUGAUCGCAUUCGCCGCGAUUGGGAAAUGGCUCGGGCGUUUCAUGCAGCCAUAAACAUCCAUGCGCCAGAUGUAGUACUCAUAUUGGGUGACUUGUUUGAUGAAGGGCUGUGGUCUAACGAUGAGGAAUUCGAUAAACAAUUGACCCGAUACCGUCGGAUAUUCGCAUAUGAUCGAACGAAAACGGUACUGAAGAAUGUGGUUGGGAACCAUGAUAUUGGUUUUCACUAUGCUAUCCACCCAUACUUGGACUGGCGUUUUCGCAAACAACUCACCGCAUCCGCGGACUCCACCGCGGUCAGCCUUUGGGUUUACGCACGUAUCCCAUUCGUGCUAGCAAACAGUAUGGCAUUUGAGGGGGAUCAGUGCCACCUAUGCACUGAGGCCAUGAAAAAUGUGCACGAUAUUGGGAAACGAUUACGCAACGUGUCUGUCACAUAUCCGGCGGCACAUUCCUCGAUCAUUCCAACCGAUCGUGUACCCACGUUUAUGGCUGCAGAUAGUGAGAAGGAGCAAUUGGACGAGUAUUCUCGACCAAUUUUGCUAUUGCAUUUUCCUCUCUACCGAAAGGAUGAGACGGAUUGUUCCCCGGACGCAUGGGAUGCAAUGCCUACCAAAGAUCGUUCCAAACCAUAUCGACCCAAAUGGGAUUGUCUCUCUGAAGAGGCCACAAAUGAACUACUACGCCAACUUCGACCACGACUGGUGCUUUCCGGUCACUCACACUACUCUUGUGUCCGUCACCAUCGGAUUCCAGACGAACCGAACACCUUGGUUCCUGAGUGGACCGUGGCCAGUUUCUCGUGGAGGAAUUUACCCAACCCUAGUUUUCUUAUGGUAUGUUUUCCUGUUUAUCCGACGCAACCGUCUUUCAAUCAACGAGGAUGA